GAAAGCAUCUGUAUGUCAACUUCCAAAACCAACCCAUUUGCCUUAAUUUCCCACCCAUGGCUUCAACAACAGCUCCUCAAGCUUCAUUCUCUCUCUUACUCACAGGCCAAAAAGGCAAACACCAUUACAAGAAGGAUCAAUGGCCAGUAACAAAAAAGGAAAGAAACACUGGAUUCCAAGUUUUCGCGGUGCAAGACUCUGACCGGAGACAGAAAGCCCCGCAGCCCGGAGUUGAUACAAGGAUUCACUGGGAGAGUGAGGAUGAAGGUUGGAUAGGGGGAAGUAGUAGCAGUAGUAGUAGUAGUAAGUCAACACAAGAGCAGCUUAAAGCAGAAGAGGAACAGGACUUUUUGGGUGAAAAGUUCUCUGAGUUACUUAACAAUUCAUCUGAUUCUCACUACCAGUUCUUAGGAAUAUCUGCAGAAGCUGAUUUGGAGGAGAUUAAAGCCGCUUACCGGAGGUUAUCAAAAGAAUAUCAUCCAGACACAACUUCACUCCCACUGAAAGCAGCAUCGGACAAGUUCAUGAAACUAAAAGAAGUUUAUGAUGUGCUGAGUGAUGACGAGAGGCGUAGGUUCUACGACUGGUCGCUUGCUCAGGAGGCCGCGAGUCGCGAAGCUGAGAAGAUGAAGAUGACGUUGGAGGAUCCAUACAUGGUGGAUUUAGAGAACUAUGAGUCUGUCCCAGACAUGGUGGAUCGUCUCGGUGGAAGGAACUUGGAGCUCAGUGAUCAAGCAGCUUCUGCUCUUACCUUUGAUAUUUUCAUCAUUAUAUUUUCAAUUUGUUGCAUCAUUUAUGUCAUCUUCUUCAAGGAACCAUAUUACUAAUAUAUAUAUAUAUAUAUACAUUCUCUUGCAAAAUGGAUAAUUAAUUACAAUGUAACAAUUUUUUUUUUUUUUUUUUGGUAUAUAAUAUAUAUACUUGCAAAAAUUUUAUAAUUA